AUGUCUCAUGCUCUGCGCCCUGCCCAGGAUCUGCGGCAGCUGCGCAAGCUGGCGGCGGUGCGGGGCCUGGUCAACAGCGAGCUGCGCGCGCGGCACUGGGUGACGCUCUCCGGCGCCGACCCCUCGGCGGUCACGCACGACGACUACCUGGACGCUUCCCGUGGCACUCACCGUGACAGCGGCGUAGUCGACGUGGACGUGGCGCGGUCGCUGUGGGGCCUCAUGCCGGGCGCGGGGGACGAGGAGCGCGCGGGGCGGCGCGAGGCGCUGGCGCGGCUGCUCACGGCGGUGGUGGUGCACCACGGUGGCGACGGCCUGCAUGACGUGGCGUCGGUGCUGCUGCUGGUGGCGGGAGAGCGCGCCGCGUUUGCGAUACUGUGCCGCCUCACCACCGGCGCGCUGCGGGACGCGACGCGGCCGACGCUGGACCCUGUGCUGGAGCUGCUGGGCCUCAUGGAGCCCGUGAUGCAGGCCGCCGACCCCGAGCUCGCUGAGCUGGCGCGCGACCUGUCGCUCCCCCCUUACUACGCCCUCUCCUGGUUCAUAACCUGGUUCAGCCACGACGUGGCCGGCCUGGACGUGGCGGCGCGCCUCUUCGACCUCUUCCUCGCACUGCACCCCCUCAUGCCGCUGUACGUCGGCGCCGCCGCGAUGGCGAGCCAGCGCGCGGCGCUGCUGGCGGCGGGGCGCGGGGAGGGGGGCAUGCCGGAGCUGCACAGCGCGCUGACUAACCUGGACAUCACGCGCGCACUGGGCGUAGACGACCUGGCGUGCAGGCAGCAGCAGCAGCAGCUGCAGCAGCUGGGGCAUCAAGGGGCAUCAGGCGGGGCGGCCAUAGAGCUGUACCGGCGGCUGAGCCCUGAGCAGAUAGUGGCGCGCCGGACUCUCCGGCUGGAGAUGUCUGUCGCGCCGCGCGCCUUCAAAGACAGGGACAGCGGCGUGUGGCGGGUGCCAGAGCCCUCCAGGGCGACGGUCUUCCGCGCCUUUGGCGGCAGCAGCGGCGGCGGCGGCGGCGGCAGUGGCAGUGGCAAGACGCCCCAGUGGAAUCUGCAGCUGCAGCAGGCUCUGGGGAAGCUGCUGCCAGGCGGCGCCCGCCAGGCCCCUCCCGCGGUGAUGCUGCUGCACCUGGGUCUCUACACGGUCAUGGCCGCGGGGCUGUGGGUGGUGAUGCGGCUGCAGCACGAGGGCGGCCCCAGCGCCCUGCCCUGGGGCUGA